GGAGGGAAGACCACAUGCAAUAGUAUAUAUAUAUACAUUCUUGCAAGUCAGAGAGUGACUGGAUAUUGUUUAAGCAGUUUCCCCCGCAUUUCGCCUUUUAUAUCCCUUUUGUGCAAUGAACCCGCGCAGCAACCGAAAUAUAAAAGGGUCCCCUUCCUCUUUUUUCACAAACCGUGUUCUCUUCUCUUUUCCAAAAAAAAAAUAUUUCACAUCCCUUUUUACAGCUUUCCCUCCAUCAAGCUUUUUCCCUUCAAUACACAUACCAACUUUUCUUUCACAAUGACUCCUGCUAUCACUACUGCUCCUGCCUUGGUUGCCUCUGGUGCCUUCUCUAACAACAGCAAGACCGAGCCAGCAGCUUUUCCCUUGGCAAUCAACAUCCCUGCAAAGACUGUCGAUACCGGCGAUGCCCCCACGACUCCUCCUAUGCUGUCGACCUCCGUUUCCUCUGCUGGCAGCUUUGAUUCGUUUGGUUCUGAAGCCGAUGAAGUCGAUGUCGCUGCUGCUGCCGCUCGCUCCCGUCGUCAGUCUCAACAAUUCUUCUUCCCUCACCAAACCAAGUUCGAGUCUGCAGUCCCUGUUGUCACUCGGGCCAGAGACAUCCAUCUGAAGGACCAUCCUUUUAUCGAGGGAGCCUAUGCCGAAUACGAGAAGCUUUACAACGCUGACUCUCUGAUAACCAAGGAUGGCCGCCAAAUGGUUCGGUUACUUUAAGCGUUUAAACUUUGCUACCGAUCAGAAAAAAAACUGUACAAGAAAAAAAAUCCAUGAUAAAGCCAGCCUAGCUCUGCCAUUUUCCUUAUUCUAUUCA